AUGGAGGCGGGCGCCGGGGCUGGCGCGGGCGCCGCGGGCUGGAGCUGCCCAGGACCCACAGUGACCACUUUAGGUUCCUACGAGGUGUCUGAGGGCUGUGAGAGGAAGAAAGGCCAACGCUGGGGGUCCUUGGAGCGGCGGGGGAUGCAAGCUAUGGAGGGGGAAGUGUUACUCCCAGCUCUCUAUGAGGAGGAAGAGGAGGAGGAAGAAGAGGAAGAGGAGGUGGAAGAAGAGGAAGAUCAAGUGCAGAAAGGUGGCAGCAUGGGCUCCCUGUCGGUCGGCAAGCACCGGGGCCUGAGCCUCACAGAGACGGAGCUGGAGGAGCUGAGGGCUCAGGUGCUACAGCUGGUGGCAGAGCUGGAGGAGACCCGGGAACUGGCAGGGCAGCAUGAAGAUGACUCUCUGGAGCUGCAGGGGCUCCUGGAGGAUGAACGGCUGGCCAGCGCCCAGCAGGCAGAGGUGUUCACCAAGCAGAUCCAGCAACUUCAAGGCGAGCUACGGUCUCUACGGGAGGAGAUUUCCCUGUUAGAGCGUGAGAAAGAAGUUGAACUUAAGGAAAUAGAACAGGAGUUGCAUCUGGCCCAGGCUGAGAUCCGGAAUCUGCGACAAGCAGCGGAGGAUUCUGCGACUGAACAUGAGAGCGACUUGGCGUCCCUGCAGGAGGACCUCUGCCGGAUGCAGAGUGAACUCGAUGACAUGGAGCGCAUUCGGGGAGAGUACGAGAUGGAGAUCACCUCCCUCCGUGCGGAAAUAGAAAUGAAGAGCUCUGACCCAUCCAAUAGUUAUAGUCUCUCAGAUUUCUCUGAGAUGCAAGAAGAAUUGCAACAACUGCGGGAACGCUACCAUUUUCUGAACGAGGAGUACCGGGCCCUGCAGGAGAGCAACAGCAGCCUCACAGGGCAGCUUGCAGAUCUGGAGAGUGAGAGGACACGAAGAGCAACAGAAAAAUGGCUGCUGGAGUCCCAAACACUAAGGAAUAUGAUGUCAGCAGAGUCUCAGACUUCAGAAAUGGAUUUCCUGGAGCCUGAUCCGGAAACCCAGUUGUUACGACAGCAGCUGCUGGGAGCCGAGGAGCAGAUGCACGACAUGAAAAACAAGUGUAAGGAAUUGUGUUGUGAGUUGCAAGAGCUACAGCAUCAUCGCCUGGCCAGUGAGGAGGAGCAGAAGCGGCUGCAGAGGGAGCUCAAGUGCGCACAGAAUGAGGUGCUUCGGUUUCAGACUUCCCACAAUGCCACCCAGAACGAGGAACUGAAGACCAGACUCUGUGCCCUGCAGCAAAAGUAUGAUGCUAGCCAGGAUGAGCAGCAUGAGCUCUUGAAGGCACAACUCCAACUUCAAGCUGAGCUCCGGCAGCUCAAAAUCAUGAAAUCAUCAGUUGUAGAAAGCCAAAGUGAGAAGGAGUUACUGUGCCGGCUGCACAAGCUGCAGCUCCAGUACCAGAACCUCAUGUGUGAGAAGGAUAAGCUGCUGGACGUGCAGCAGCAACUGCGGGAGGACCUGCAGUACCAUGAGGCAGAGGUGCAGCGCCUCAAGGACAUCGCAGGCUGCUUCCAAGAGAGCACGGAGAAGAACACAGAGAUGCAGUCCCAGCUUGAGGAGAUGAAGCAGCUGUACCAGAGCAGCAAAGAGCAGCUGGAACAUCAGAAGCACAUGUUUGAUCAGCUGGAGCAGGACUUCCUGCUCUGCCAGCAGGAGCUGAAGGAGCUCAAGACCACCCAGUCCCUCACAGAGGACAAGGGAAAAUGUGCUGAUAAGUGUGAUGCGCUGCUGUCCAGACUUACAGAAUUGCAGGAAAAGUACAAGGCCAGCCAGAAGGAGAUGGAGAAGCUGCAGAUGGAGCAGUGCGAGCUCCUGGAAGAUCAGAGGAGGCUGCAGGAGGAGCAGGGCCAGCUGCAAGAGGAGCUGCACGAGCUCACAUUCCCGUUACCCAAAUCUGGUCUUGUGCAGAAGAGUCAGGACCUCCUUUCAAAGUUACAAGACCUGUGUGAACUGCAGCUGCUCUACCAAGGCAUGCAGGGAGAGCAGGAAAAACUGGUACACAACCAAGAAGUGUUAAUAAAAGAACAGUUAGAGCUGCACGGAAAACUGCAUCUUUGCAAAGACUCUCGUUUCCGGGAAGUGUUGGAGAAUCUGGAAAGUUCCAAAUCGCCUAGGUCCUCAAGAUAUGGUCAAAACAAGUCCAAGGUGAUCGUCGCUCAGAUACGGGUUCUGCAGGAUCUGUACGAGACCAGCCAGACUAAGCAGGAACUACUGCAGCAGGAGCAGGGGAGGCUCCAGGAGGAGCAGAAGAGGCUACAGGCUGACUUGCAGCUCUGCCUGGAAGAAAUGCAGUUGCUCCAAGCCCAGUCCCCGUCUAUAAAAAUGAGCCUCGAGUCCAGCAAGAAGAAUAGCACAGCCAACAGCAGUGAGAUCUGUGAAAAGACUGACAAUAACAACCUUGAUGGCAACGAGAGCUAUCAGAAGAGUUACAGGAGCUCCCAGGCCAGCGAUGAGAGCUUUCUCAAGAGCUACUACAGUACCACCAGUGAGACCUGUGUGAAGAGCCACCACACCACCAUCAGCAGCAGUGGCAAUAGCUCUGACACCUUUUACAAGAGUUAUGUCACCAGCAGCACUGAAGACGAAUCUGCUGAAGCUGAAGAUAUAGAGCACUUUGAGGAAAUGGUCUCCAAGGUGCUGGUCAAGCUGCAAGGGGUGCAGGCCAUGUACCAGUUCAGCCAGGAGGAGCACGACCUGCUGCAGGAGAGGAUGAGGAAGCUGCUGGACAAACAGAAGCUGCUGAAGGAAGAGCUGGAUGCCUGUGAAAAAGAAUUCAAGGAGUGCAUGGAGGGCCUUGGGAGACCUGUGGCCUCCCAAAACGACAAGAAUGAGAUCAAAGAACUCCAGACCAAGCUGCGGGAGCUGCAGCUGCAGUACCAAGCCAGCAUGGAUGAGCAGGGCCGGCUACUGGCAGUGCAGGAACACCUGGAGGGGCAGCUGCAGUGCUGCCAGGAGGAGCUUCGCCAGCUCAAAGAGAAGCGGUCUUCUGUUGCCAAAGAAACCGAGGGAAAGAAUAGCAGUAAGAACUUGAACAAGAACGCCAAUGGGGUUAAAAAUAAAAAGGCGUCCAAGGCAAGCCUGCAGAGUUCUAAGGGCAGCUGUGAGUCUGAAAAGAGUCUGGAGGUGGUGCUGUACUACAAGGCCAGCCACAGGGAUUUAGAUGAUCUGACAAAAGGGGGAAAGAAAGAGGAUACGGAGGACGAAAACAAGGAAGAAACUGAAGAGGAAUCGAAGGAGUCCUGGGAUGAACUAGUUUCUGAGCCCCCAGACCCGACAGAAAUAAAGUCCGUAGAAGGUGAGGAGGGCCUCGAAGACUCCCAAGACCAGGAGGAGAAGGAAGAGGACGACAACUCUUCCCCUGAAGCUUCAGAGGAAAACAACCCCCUCAAAAUUUCUGAGAGCAGAAAGGUAACCGCAGCCAAAGGCUGGAUCAAGUGGGAAGCGGGCCCUUGGGCUCAGGCGCCUCAGUGUUCAGGGCGACCCAGCCCCAGGAUGGACUUCUAUGGGUGGAGAGGCCAGCGAGCUCUGAGGCAUAGCACUCGGGGAAGGCAGAAAUGGAGCCAGGUUUGGAGAGAGUGGUCUCUCUGCGGGAAAUGGCAAACAUAGGCCAAUAUGCCAUGGAACUGUCUCGCAAAGGCCACCUUUGCUGGGAACCAAGGUGGGGUCAUUGGAGUCCUACCUGAUUUCAUUUGCAUGGUACCCCUGUGACUUACGUCAGGAGGGAGGCUGACAGAAUGAGGCCUUCCAUCAGCCCGCGGCAGUCACUCAGUCCUUCUCCGUGGUGCCCUGUCAAGUUUGACCUUUGUUGUUGCUAUUAGGAGUGGGUGGGGGGCUGGCAUCAUCCACUGGGCUCUAUGAGGCAUGAGGGUGGGGGCCUGGGUGAUCAGAAGUGGUAGUCAAAAUAGUUCUAUCCGUACAGCAGGGGCAUUGAUCAAUCCGGGGAGACCAGCCGGGACCCUAACCUUUUAGUCGCUGGAUCUUGAAAGGCUGGGGUGGGAAUGUCCCGUACAAAAGCGUGUCUGCGUUUUAACAACCGAUACAUUGGUCCAAGUACGUACCAGCUGAAUCCCUGCCGUGGUUGAGGCCAACUGGGGCUCUGGCUCUCUGAGGAGUUCGAGUCCUUCCCGAAUAAGCCCUCAGUUCACAGGCCAGGUUCUUUCUGCCUCUCUAAACGUAGGGGAAGAAAAUCAAUCUCUUGUGGUGGGGUGUCCAGCAAGCUUUAAGGCUAUCCGGGAUUUUCUGGCAGUUCGGUCUGCAGCACUGGCUUCGGAUCCAGCGUGCAGCCCUCUCAAGCUUGUGGCAGACCACGGCUUCGGGAGCUGAGAGCGGGAGCAGCCGCAGCCUCUCAGUGUUGUAUUUCUUCGACUCCAUCGUAUUCCGCCACAUUCUGGUUCAGAGCCUCGUAGAUUUCCUGGCCUUGGGUGCCACAUUUCUGAAUGCCAGACCUGAUUUUUUUACAUCGAAGUCGAGCACAUUCUUGGCGUCAGCAUAUGAAGGUGUCCUUUCGGCGCGGUGGGUCCUGUAUCUUUUGCAGGCAUCUCUACUGGCAAUGUGUCACCGCCUGCAAACUCACUUUCUCUCUGGAAGAUUGUUGCAGUGAAAGAACUAGCUCUUCUCCGCUGUUAGCUUGUUUGAGUGCAUUUUGUCUCUACCACAGCAUUACACUCCUAGGGCAUCGUAGGGACCAGUGCCCACAACACUGAGGGACUUGAUGGAAAGCAGCCAGAACAAGGGGCCAACAAAGACAUGUAGCCGGGCAGGAGACGAGUGCUUCCUAGGGUGGCCCAGGCAGAGUUUACAUCGUACUCAUCUGCAGAGCCCAGCUUUACUUUGCCAGAGAUUCACCGUUUUAGUUACUGACCUAUGGGAGAGGUCUAGGUGCAGAUCACCCCUGCUUAACAAAGAUAUGAGAGGGAUACAACAAGCCAGAAAGCCGGAGCCAUCGCCUGAUUGGGACCUCAGCUGCUGCUAAACCCAUUUCAUUUUGCAUCUUCCGGAGGCUCCCGGUGGGAAGAACCAGGCCCGGGUAACAGAGAAACAUUCUGCCGCUCCCACGGACCACUUGUUUAACCUCUGAUCUCUCUCUGUUUUCCCUUUGUUUUCUCAUCUUCGUUAUCUGUUGGAUUCAUGUGUGUUGUGUCUUUUUGCCACCUCUCAUCUCCUGGCCUCUCGUUGUGCUUCUUUCUCGUUUGAUCUGUUGCAGCCAUCCCCUGCCCCCAAUCCCCCCAUCUUCUCCUUGCCUCUCGUAGGCCUGGUGGUCAUAUCGGCUUUGCUCUGGUGCUGGUGGGCCGAGACGUCGUCCUAACACAGGUACUGGUAUUGCGUCUUCUCCUUCGGAGGGAUAGAGGGAGGGUGCAGGUUGCCCUGGCCUCUU